GCCAACUGUCAUUGGGGCAUUUGUGCAGUGUCUCGUGUUUCACCUACAGACAUGCUGACUAGACUGAACAGGAUUCAUGGGAGACAGAAUGACGAGCACAGGGAGACCAAAGGGAGGCAGAAGGAAGAUGGCCUUCAGUCUCCAUGUCACACAUCAAGAAAUAAAUGGUUCUGGGGAAAGCGCAGGACUACUAGGAAGGCAUCAUCCACACCCUUCUUCUUCACUGAGCAGGAGCAACAGCUGAACCAGGUGGAUAAACUGACCCUUCAGCUACAGAUGAUGACCAAUGAGAGGAAUGAACUGCUGGAACUCCUGGCCCUUUAUAACAACAAUGAGUUGAACAACAGGCUGAAUUCUGAACUUGAGAUUCUGAAAACACAGCAUAAGAAGGAGAUGUCAGAUGUAAAGAAAUUCCCCAAGGAGAUUUGUGAGGCCUCGUACAAGUGCAAGAAGCUGAGUGAGAAGACCAACUCCUACUGCACCCUCUACAGUCAGCUCCUGAGUGAAUGGACUCAGCUAAAGGAAAAAGUGAGCAUGUUGAAAAAGAAGAACAGAAAGCUGCAGGGGGAGCAGAUUUUACUACAAGAGUCCUGCGAGGAGGCGAGGAGGCUCUGUGAGGAGGCCCAUGAGAAGAUCUAUGACCUCUGGACAAGGCAGCAGCAGGUGCUCUCUGACCCUUUUCCCCUGGGGAAGAGAGGAAUGAACUUAGCUGAAAGGUUUGAAAACCUCCAGCAGGAACUGGAGCAGACCACAGCCCAGCAUGAGAGCCUCCUGCAGAUGGAGCUGCUGAAGCAGAAACACUAUGUCCCAGGCAAAUAA